UACUCUAUUUAGUAUUUCCUAGACUACUAUACUAUACAAUAGAACUACCAUCCUAUUCGUCGUCAACAUGUACCCAUCAUCUUCUUCUCCGCCAUCUCAUCCGUCCACAAACAACCCCCCAGGCCUCACCCGCUACGGCUCCGCCCCAUGCUCCUUCCUAACCACCGCCGUCGAUUCCGUCACCACCACCGCCGUCGCCGCCACUCGCGACUUCUCCGUCUUGGGACCCCACCACCAACCCACCCACAACAACAACAACGCCAAUCACCCAAACAACAUUCACUCUUCUAUAAAUAAUCCUACUCCGAGUAAUGCGUCACAGGGUGGUAGUCGGCCAUAUUGUUUGAAUGCGAUAGCUACCACCGUUGGAGGGGAGUUAACGGCCGCAGGAGGUGGAAGUCGAAUUAAUUUGAAUUCGAAAAGCGGCGGCGGUGGAGGUGGAGGUUUGGUUCGUCACAGUAGCUCCCCUGCUGGGUUCCUUGAUCAUCUCAAUGCUACCAAUAACUCGGCUACGGGCGUUAGUAACGGCAACGGAUUUCCACUCACAAGAUCCAUAGGAAGCUGUAAUUCUAAAGGUGUUUCUGACACUGGCCAUGGAAUUUCAAGGUUGAGUUCUCAAUUGAGCUUCACUAGAGAUGAUGCUCUUUCUUGUAUCUCGGGAGAAAGGGAGAAUGGCCGGGGAAAAACUGCUCAAUCGUAUGCCACUACUAGUUUUGGGAUAGGCUCUUGGGAUGAUUCCAAUGCCGGGUUUUUUUCUGCUUCACCUGGAAAACAAGCAAGAGGUGACCGUUGUGCCAACACUGCCGAAUCACAGUUUCAGUUCAGUCUGUCCCAGACAGAUCUGGAGAUGUCAACAACCGAGAACAGAUUACAUAUUCCUUACGACUCUGUUCCUUGCAAAAUCCGUGCCAAGCGUGGUUUUGCAACCCACCCCCGAAGCAUUGCUGAACGCGACAGAAGAACUAGAAUAAAUGGGAAACUGAAGAAGCUUCAAGAUUAUGUCCCUAACUUGGACAAGCAAACAAGCUAUGCUGAUAUGUUGGAUUUGGCAGUGCAACACAUUAAAGGCCUCCAAAAUCAGGUUCAGAAGCUCAAAGAAGAAGUUGAGAAUUGCACUUGCGGAUGCAAGCAAACAAAGUGAUGAGCCAAGCAAACCAAUUUCUUAACUACUGGAGCAGACAAUAGUAAUUUCUUGUUUUCCUUUUUUUUUACCUCUAAUAGUUAUUUGUGGACGAAUAAUUCUGUAUAUGAUAGUAGUUCUGGUUUCUUUUUCUGUGAUCCCUCAAAUGCUUGAGUUGUUAAAUGUCAGUUUUUGUACCCUCAAGUUUUGUAAUUUACUUGGUGCUUUGACAGGGAAAAAGAAGUAUUUC